UACGUAAAAGUAUUUCGUGCUCAUAUGGUUAUAUUAAAUUAUCGUUCUCCUUAUUUGAGAAGAAUUUUAUCAACUAAUAAAAAGAAAAAUGAUGGAACUUUAACUCAUAUAAAAUUACCAAAUAUUUUACCCGAAAUUUUUCAAAUAAUUUUAAGGUAUAUUUAUGGUGGAAAACUUGUUUUGAAAGAAUAUGAUAUUUUAGAUAUUAUUAAAAUUUUGGUUGCUGCU